AUGCAUUUGUCCAAGGAGAAUGACCCCAGUAAGGAGCUCUAUCCCCAGGCAGACACGGUGGGAUUCCUGCAAGGAGAGAAAGUGUUGAUAGUGGGGAACAAUGGGACAUAUUCUGGAGUUUCCCUCACUGGUCCAGCAGAACCCCUAAUAGAAGAUCAAAGUUCUGCUGAUUUAACCUGUGAGGGAAUUGGGUCCAUCAUUACCACAGAAUGGAUGAAGGAUGGUCAACCUCUGUCUCCUAGCAACAGCAUCAUCUUCUCUGCUGAUCUGAGAUCAGUGUCCAUCAGUCCAGUGAGGAGAUCAGACAGUGGAGAAUACCAGUGUAGACUCAGUAACCCUGUCAGCUCUGACACUGCAACCUACACAGUGACUGUCAGCUAUGGACCAGAGAAUGUUUCCAUCAGUGGACAGAAUGAGGUGGAGGUGGGGUCAAAGGUGACUCUGACGUGCUCUGCUGAAUCCACACCUCCUGCCUCCUUCAUCUGGAUGUUGAAUGGAAGAGAAACAGGAGAAACUACAGCCUCAUAUUCCAUAGAGAAGAUUGACUCCACACACAGUAGGAAUUACACCUGCACAGCCUGGAACAAUGUCACCUCACUCAAAACAACAGUUCACCAUCAUUUAACAGUUAAAGGUAAAGUUUCACUACAUUUCCAGGAGGCCAAUAGGAAGCAGGUGGAGCUUGGAAUCUUGGGAGGAGAGGUCAAACUCAACUCUGCAGCCAAUCAGAGAGCUCUACAGCUCAUCUUAGAUUGUGAUAUGACUUGUGUUGUGUUUUCUGAUGCGUGUGACAUUGUGGCUUGUACCUGCUGUUGUGUGGAUGUUUUCUCAGUGCUGGACUCUUCUCCAUACGCCUGUGACGUUACUAAGUGUGAAAAACGCUAG